UCCUCUCUCUCUCUCUCUCUCUCUCUCAUAGUCAUACGUGCUUUCUAGCUAUUACACACCACACUCUCUACUCUCUUUGUUUCUGUUCAGUUCUUUAGGAACUGUAGACUGUAGUAGUAGUAAUUGACAGAGAAAGGUUGCUAUUAUUGUUGCUUCACAAACAGAACCAUCACCAGAAUCUACACCUCACUUCUAACUCCUUCUAUCUAAUCUAACUGUUCCUCAACUCCAAACCAAAAAACAAAAAAAAAUCACUUUUUUCUUACAAACUCACUUUCCCACUUUGUCAUUUCUUGUUGAUCUCAAUGCCCAUCACAUGAUUGAUGAAAGGUGAGUGUGAAAAGAAACAGAAAAACAUGGGACUCAACCUCAUUGUUUAUCAGUCUAUCAUGGUAAAAAAAUUCCUUGGUGGUUAUGUUGUAUUAUCCCAACAUUGUAAAAGAUAUGGCAUCCUCAACUUUAUCCUAGGUGCAUUCAUUCAUUUUGUGGCCGAAAUUCUCAGAAGAUCAUUCUCUUGUUGAGUAAUCUAAACAGCAAAUCACAGGUAGCAGAGUAUGCCUCUUUUUUGGUCGGCAUCAGAAAAAGGAAACUCUUUGUGUGUAGAUUAGUAGAUAUCAAAAUUUGUUUAUAGGCCAAUUUUGUCGAGGAGGUAAAUCUUGACGAGGCAGUGCAGCUAUUUUACUCAAGUCUGUGGUUUGUCAUUGAUAGGCAUAUGGCAGUUCUUAAAUCUGUAGGUGCAGAUUUUGACGAAAAGCAUCAUGCUUUAGCUCCAUUGAGGGUUUUAAGGGGCCUGAUCUGUUUGUUGGUGCUGUUUUCAACAGCAUUUGUAAUGUUAGUCUUCUUUGGCUUCAAUGGUGCUGUUAUAGUUCGACUUUUUAGCAUGAAUUACAGCAGAAGAGCAACUUCCUUUUUCUUUGGUGCAUGGUUAGCUUUGUGGCCUUUUCUGUUUGAAAAGAUCAACAAGACUAAAGUUGUGUUUUCUGGAGAUAUUGUUCCUUCUAGAGAAAGAAUCUUGCUGAUUGCAAAUCAUAGAACCGAGGUUGACUGGAUGUAUUUAUGGGACCUUGCAUUGCGGAAAGGAUGUGUCGGAUACAUAAGAUAUAUACUUAAGAGCAGCUUGAUGAAACUUCCGGUUUUUGGUUGGGCAUUUCACAUAUUAGAGUUCAUUCCGGUGGAAAGGAAGUGGGAGGCUGAUGAAUCAACCUUGCACCGUAUGCUUUCAACAUUCAAGGAUCCCCAAGAUCCUCUUUGGCUUGCUCUUUUCCCGGAAGGCACCGAUUUUACUGAGCAGAAGUGUAUUCGGAGUCAAAAGUAUGCUGUGGAACAUGGGUUACCGAUUCUGAAAAAUGUUUUACUUCCAAAGACAAAGGGCUUCUGCACCUGCUUGCGAGAGUUGAGAGGUUCUCUGACUGCAGUUUAUGACGUGACCAUUGGCUACAAAUACCGCUGCCCAACUUUCUUGGACAAUGUCUUUGGGGUGGAACCUUCAGAAGUUCAUAUGCACAUCCGCCGAUUUCCCCUUGAUUGCAUACCGGAAUCUGAACAGGAAAUUUCCAUGUGGUUGGUAGAUAGAUUCAAAGUAAAGGACCAUCUGCUUGCGAAUUUUCAAUCUCAAGGUCAGUUUCCUGAUCAAGCAACCGAAUUGGACUUGCCUACUGCAAAAAGCUUUCUGAAUUGUAUCACAGUUAUUAUGGUGACCGGCACAUGCAUAUACUACACUUUCUCCUGUGUCUGGUUCAAACUCUAUGUGUCUUUAGUCUGCGCUUAUUUGAUUCCGGCAACAUCUUUCAAUAUUCGGCCUCAACCGAUUCUCAGCUUUCUGAAGACGAGAUCUAAAUGUCACCCUUAGAGCAUGGAUUUGUUGCUGCAUGCAAUUCUAUUUGUAUGAAAACCCGUUCAGAUGAUCAACCAAGUUUUGCCUCGUAUACCUAUUAUAAUUCUUAAAACUUCUUUAGGAUUCAUGUGUUUAGCAACAAUGUUUUUUAUGUCACAAAGACCAUAUAGUUUGUAUUUGCAGAUAUGGUUACUUGGAUAUAAAACAUGUAACAUUUCAUAUUUAAAUACACUUUUGCAAUAAAUUUGAGU